AUGGUUUGCAAUGUAGAUUGGUUUCAAAGUCACCAGGAUACCAUUUUACAUGUUUUACCCCCAAGUGUUUCUGAUCACUCUAUACUGUACCUGACUGGGCAGGAAACACCCCCCUGUAGGAAGAGGAAUUUUAAGUUUCUCAUUUGUGUGACCAAGCUGCCAGGUUUUGAUGACGCUGUCGCACAGAGUUGGAAUAGCCCUAUUGAUGGUAGUCCUAUGGUAGUGGUGUGGAAGAAAUUGAAAAGAUUAAGAAAAGUUUUAGGUACUCUAUCAAAACAAUUUGCUCAUACGAAACUCCAGCUUGCCAAAGCUUGGGAAGAUUUUGCUGAAGCUCAAGACUCACUUGUAAAUGACAGGAUGAAUAAAGAGAAAAUUGAUAAAGUGAAGAUGUGUACAGAAACUGUGAUUAGGUGGAACGAGAUUGAUGAGGAAAUUCUACAACAGAGAUCAAAACUUGACUGGCUCAAACUAGGGGACGGAAAUAACGCGUACUUCCAUGCCUCAAUUAGAGCCAAACAUAAGGCAAAAAGUAUUGACAAGCUUGAAUUGAAUGAUGACAGUGUUAUUCAGGAUCAGCCCGAGAUUGAGGCUGAGGAUCUGAGAUUUUAUAAGAGCUUAAUGGGUGAUAAAACAGAAACCAUCCAAGCUAUUGAUAUUGUGGCAAUGAGAGCAGGCACCCAAGUAAAGCCAGAGCAGGAUGACAUGUUGACAUCGCAAGUUACUGAUCAGGAGAUUUUUAAGGCCUUAAAUAGCAUUGGAGACUUGGAAUCUCCUGGGAUCGACGAUUACGGUGCAAAGUUUUUUAAGGCUAGUUGA